UUUGCGCGCCUCCUAUGAGAUUUCAGUCAAAGUUUUGGACUUUUUCCAGUUCACGCGUGUACGCAGUUUUUAGCAAAUUUCUACAAAAUAUUUGUUUGCUGAAAUCCAAGGAAAAUGCCACGUUUCUUUGCAACAGGGAGUUCCGACUCGGAAUCCGAGUCCCUGAGUGAUGAUGAGCAGAUUCAGCAUAAGGCAGUUACUGCCCAAUUUUCCUUCAGCGAUGAUGAGGAGGAAGUGAAGCGUGUGGUGAGGUCCACCAAGGAGAAGCGCUAUGAGGAAUUGUCUACGGUGAUCAAGGCCAUCAGGAAUCAUCGGAAAAUCAAGGAUAUGGCAAGUAUUUUGACGGCUUUUGAAGAUCUCACAAAAGCCUUCACCAAGGCUCAGCCAAUAAUAGCCAAGGAAGAGAAUGGUGUAACUCCUCGGUUUAUCAUUCGAUCCCUCUAUGAAUUGGAGAAUUUUAUCAAUGACAUGUGGGAGGACAGAGAGGGAAGGAAGAAUCUGUCGAAGAAUAAUUCAAAGAGCCUGGGGACAUUGAGACAGAAAUUCCGGAAGUACAUUAAGGAUUUCGAGGAGGAACUGACAAAGUUCCGUGAGGCACCGGAUUUGGAUGAUGACGAGGAGGAGGAGAAGGGUGUGGAGGAGGAAGAUUCGUCAGAAGAUGAAGAAGCUCCAGCUCCAAAAGCUGUCUCCUUCAAGAAGGAACCCAGUGAGAAGCCCAGUAAAGCUGCAAAGGAUGAGGAAUCCGAUGAUUCCACCUACUGGGGAUCAGACAGUGAAUCUGACUAUGAUUCUUCCGAGGAGGAGCAUCAGUAUUCCAACAUUCGGGAGCGGUAUUUGAAGAAGACCACGGACAAAGAUGAAAAGGAUGAGGAUUACGAGAAGAAGAAGAAGAAGGCCAAGGAGGGGAAGAUCAAGAAGAGGAGAGAAGAGGAUGAUGAAGAAGGUGAAUGGGAGACAGUUACCAAGGGUCCAGCGACGUCAGCAGAAAAGCCCAAGAUGUUCAGCAAAGAUGCAGAAAUUGACAUUAAUCUUGUCCUGAAUAAAUUAUUGGAGAUCAUGUCGGCUCGUGGGAAGAAACGAACAGAUCGGAGGCAGCAAAUUGAGCUGCUGUAUGAGUUAAUGGACAUUGCUGAGCAGCAUAAUCUUGGUCAGGCGAUUGCUGUGAAGAUUCGCUUCAACAUCAUCUCAGCCGUUUUUGACUACAAUCCCAAAAUCUCUGAACCCAUGAAGCCUGAGCUCUGGUCAAAGUUACUGGGGAUGUUCAAGGAUAUGCUGAACCUUCUGCUGACAGCAAAAAAUAUCACCCUGUCGGAAUCUGUCCUGGACGAAACGGAGGAAUAUGAGAAACCUCCCUACAUGAUCUGUGGAUGUGUCCUGACGGCAGCUGAGCGUCUGGAUGAUGAAUUCACCAAGCUCCUCAAGGAGUGCGAUCCCUACGGGAAUGAAUAUGUCGAGAGACUGAAAGAUGAGAUGACUGUGACGGGAAUAAUUGAGCAGGUUCUCAAGUAUGUCGAAGGAAUGGGCAAUGAGACGGAAAUCUGUCGUGUCUAUCUGCGAAAAAUUGAUCAUUUCUACUACAAAUUCGAUCCGACUGUGCUGAAAAAGAAGAAUGGCGAACUACCGGCAGAUACUCCAACGUCCAUUGAUGAAAUGGAGAGACUCUGUAGGUACAUCUAUGCCAAGGAUAAUACCGAUCGUCUCCGUACCCGAGCUAUUCUCUCGCACAUUUACCAUCAUGCUCUGCACGAUAAUUGGUUCCAGGCCAGAGAUCUCGUUCUCAUGUCCCAUCUCCAGGAAACCAUUCAGCAUUCUGAUCCUCCAACGCAAAUCCUCUACAAUCGCACCAUGGCCAAUCUUGGGCUGUGCGCCUUCCGUCAGGGCAACAUCAAGGAUGCCCAUCAGUGUCUGGUGGAUCUGAUGAUGACGGGAAAGCCUCGAGAGCUCCUGGCUCAGGGAUUGCUGCCACAGAGGCAGCAUGAGCGUAGCCUGGAGCAGGAAAAGGUGGAGAAACAGCGUCAAAUGCCAUUCCAUAUGCACGUGAAUCUGGAACUCCUGGAAUGCGUCUAUCUGGUUUCGGCCAUGCUCCUGGAGAUUCCCUACAUGGCUGCUCAUGAAUUUGAUGCCAGGCGUCGUAUGAUUAGCAAAACUUUCUACCAACAAUUGAGAUCAUCUGAGCGUCAGUCACUCGUUGGGCCCCCGGAAUCCAUGCGAGAACACGUUGUGGCUGCAGCUAAAGCCAUGCGAUGUGGCAAUUGGAAUGCCUGUGCCACGUUCAUUGUCAACAAGAAGAUGAACACGAAGGUCUGGGAUUUGUUCUAUGAGGCUGAUCGUGUGCGUGAAAUGUUGAUAAAGUUCAUCAAGGAGGAGUCUCUGAGGACAUAUCUGUUUACUUACUCCAACGUCUACUCAUCCAUUAGUAUUCCCUCACUGGCUGCAAUGUUUGAUCUGUCGAAGCCAAAGGUGCAUUCACUAAUCAGUAAGAUGAUCAUUAAUGAGGAAUUGAUGGCAUCGUUGGAUGAUCCAUCGGAGACGGUGGUGAUGCAUAGAUCAGAGCCGAGUAGACUGCAGGCGCUGUCGAUGCAGCUGGCGGACAAAGUGACCAAUUUGGUGGAUGCCAAUGAGAGGAUAUUUGAGAUGAAACAAGGCAACUUCUUCCAGAACAAGAAUCAGGGUCCACGGGAUCGUGGCAACUAUCGCAAUCAGGACAAUCAGAAUCGCAACUGGAACAGCAAUCGCCGGGAUAGGGAUAAUAGGGAGCAUAGAGAGUAUCGGGAGCACAAUCGUGGCAACAGGAAUAGGCGUGAGCAGCGUGUUGAGGAGGAUUAAGGACAAUGUCAAAUCUGCAAAAGCAUGCUGGAAGUCUUGGAAGUCAUCGAGACAAGUAACAGUUUUUUUUUCUUUUUUAUUUAGCUUCUUUCCAAUAAGAUAUUUCUAAUAAAGAUACCCUCUUGAA